UCCCGCGGACUCAGAUCCAGCCGGUGACCGCCCAGGCUUCGCUCAGGCGGUUGUCACUGCGCAUGCCCAGUGACAGCAAGGGCAGAGUCUCGAGGCUCCUGGCGCCCGGGCUGCUGCAGCGGCUCUGCUCGGCGCGCGCUCCACCCGCCCUGGCUCGUGCGCGCCGCCAGGGGAGCAGCAUGGAGGCCGCGCUGAAGCGGGAGCUGGGGACCUCAGUGCUGCGGCCCACGGGCCACUCGGGCGGCGGCUGCAUCAGCCAGGGCCAGAGCUACGACACCGACGGGGGCCGGGUCUAUGUGAAGAGCAACUCCAAGGCGGAGGCCAGAAGAAUGUUUGAGGGAGAAAUGGAAAGUUUAUCAGCCAUCCUGCAAACACAGACAGUAAAGGUGCCCAAACCCAUCAAAGUUAUAGAUGUGCCAGGAGGCAGCACUCUAUUUGUGAUGGAGCAUUUGGAAAUGAGGAGUCUUAAUAGGCAUUCAGCAAAGCUUGGAACACAGUUGGCUGAUCUCCACCUUCACAACCAGAAACUUGGAGGGAAGUUGAAGAAAGAGGGGAACACUGUUGGUAAAAGUGAGGGGCAAACAGACAUCCAGUUGGUGGAUCGAUUUGGCUUUCAUACGGUCACCUGUUGUGGCUAUCUCCCACAAGUGAAUGACUGGCAGAAUGACUGGGUGACUUUCUAUGCCAGGCAGCGAAUCCAGCCCCAGAUGGAUAUGGUUGAAAAGAAUUCAGGAGACAGGGAGGCAAGAGAACUUUGGGCACAGCUUCAGCUGAAGAUACCCAGUUUGUUCUGUGACAUGGAGAUCGUUCCUGCUCUCCUUCAUGGGGAUCUGUGGGGAGGAAAUGUAGCUGAGGAUGACUCUGGCCCCAUUAUUUUUGACCCUGCCUCCUUUUAUGGUCAUUCAGAAUAUGAACUUGCGAUAGCUGGGAUGUUUGGUGGCUUCAGCAACUCUUUUUACUCUGCGUACCACAGUAAAAUUCCCAAAGCUCCAGGGUUUGAGAAACGACUCAAACUGUACCAGCUUUUCCACUAUAUGAACCACUGGAACCAUUUUGGAUCAGGGUACAGAGGGUCUUCUCUAAACAUCAUGAGAAACCUGGUAAAAUGACUUCACCCUCAAACAGAGUAUCUCACUCCCCCACUUAAGAAAACCCACACUUCUUGGUGAGGCAACUACAAUAAUAUUAAAACAAAUACUUGACCCUCUCCCUCUUUGCACAGCUAAAGAUCUAGAAUCAGAGAGUCCUGCUGAAUCCCAGCUGUGACAUUUUCCAUCCCUUUAAGAUAUAGUCACUUGCUGCAGGAAUAAUUUGUUAGUUUGCUAUCCAAGGCAGUGCUAAUUCCAGAGUUACAUGAAAGAACUUGCAGGGUCAGGGUGGUGGUGUACAAUUCUGUUUUGGCAGAUUGAAUCAGAGAAGAAAACUCUUGAGUGUAAAUAAAUUGGAAGAGGUUCUAUGACAGAGACCAACCGUGCCACAUAUUGUUAAGUGUUUGCACUUGCACAUUGAUUCAGAAAUCAACAUGAAAAGCUUGGUGAAAUGGAAAGAAGGCCUUUCCUUACAUACCAAUGCAAAUGGCUGAAGGAGUUGCUCAUUGAGACUUUUCCUUCUGGUUGCUUGUUCGGCCAAAUUCUUUUCAGCCAUGCAUUUCUAGAUAUAGGUACCAAAGCAAUAGCAUGUUAACAUGAAAUCCAGAAAGGAAUAAAAAGUGAUCAGGGCUACCCAUAAACAAUUUUAAUAUGGUUCAAAUGGGUGGAGUCCUCUGCCCAUCCUAUUACAUAGUACUGUGUACAGACUUCUCAAAUGUUUCAUGUUUUGUGUGACACCAUGUGUUUGGGUUUUGCUGGCACAUUCCCAGGCUGUCCCAUGUCUGCUAGUCAACCAGCUUCUAGCUAGAGCCUAUUCAGAACUGAUACCAUCCUGCUUUUUGAACGGAGCUGUUUGAUAGGGUUUCCUCUCCUGCUGGAUGUCUUCAGACAGCGCUGGCUGCAUGUACACUUCCUCUGGGGAGGUGCUGCUGACUGGCACACACAACCAACGAUCAUUUUUGUGGUUGCCGUCACCCACAAGUAAAGAGAGGGCAAUUCAGUGCCAUUAGAUCAGUGAGUAGUUUCCACAUAAUUUGUCCAGAAUUCACACUACAGGAGCUAUGAUGUGUCUUUUUGUGUUUCCGAGAGCCCCACAAACUGCACUACUUAGCUGUUGGCACAUUCAAGAUCAAGGGAAGUCAAACUUGGACUGUUGAUGCACGUAAGAGCAUCUCACCACUUAAUACCUGUAUCACUAAAAUUUCUUCAAAGAAUUAAUGCAGGAAAACAUUAGGUUGCAGGAUAGUAGCUGUUCCAUGUGUGCUUGCACGACAGUAACACUAAAACAAUAGCUCUGCUGUCUAGUUGUGGGCUUCUAGUGAUGUUUCGACAAAAGGACACCAGGUAGGUGAGAGAGAUGCAUGAUUCCUUACAUGCAUGCUAAGCAUAUGGGAGUGAUUUUUAUUGAACUAAAAUGUUUUUCACUGGAUUUAAAUUGGUACUGUGAUGUGCUGAAUUUCUCUGACCGCUGGUUUUGCAGUGAGUACUGAUACGAAUUUUGGUGACUACCAUUUGAAUAUUUCUCCUCCCCCUAAUCCUAGUAGUAGUUUCACUGGUUGUUACUUGUUGGCUGGAAAAUACUGCAAAUCUUGCUUGGCAGCAUAGGUUGUUACUCAUCUCCUGCUGUUUAAAUAAAAUAUUAGUUUCCUAAUUGA